AUGCUCCCAAGCACAUUUAUCGAGACAACCAAAGGCCUCUCCUUUUCCGACGUCGGUGGAGCAAAGGCUCGUCGGCGUCGGACCGUGGCUCUCCUACUCUGCUCGUCCGUCGGUUAUCUGCUUCGUUCGACUUGUUACAACCGCUCGUUCCGCCUCUCUGAGUACCGGGUGAAGGAUAACUCAGAUCCGGUGACCAGCAAAUCUGCAUCCACAAACCACCACACCCCACUGAUUCCCUCCGCCGUCCACCGCCGCAUCACUAUUUCGGGUACCAUUACUCGCAUUCCUCUUGAAUCUUACGCUCUCAUCGUGUAUUCCCUAUUCUCGGUCGCCAAAGCCGAAGACCUAUACGUCGUUGAACUGUUCAGCUUGGAUCUGGGCUCAGAAUUACAUCACUCUGCUCCAACGGCUCCAUUACAAACCCUACUUCAUCAGAAGCGUCGACCACGUUCUGACAAUUCUCCACUGCGAAUAUUUCUGGCUGUCGUCUUCUUCUCGUGCAAUGGUUGCAAAUAUCAGACUUGGAGGAACCGCCGCUCAUCUCCGUUGAGCCUGCCCCUCCGAUGCAAAAGAUAUAAAACUUGGGCCUGGCCUAGUUUAAUUCAUGGCCUUGCCACCCCCUUUGGCCCAUCAUCUAUGCCAAAGUCUAUAUCUUGGGCUAAUUACUUUAAGCAAGAUGGCCAAGUUAGUUUGGUGGAUCUUGUAUACGGACAUUCACGAGUUAUCCUUGCAAAGUUGUGUUGUCUUUCUUGUCGUUUUAGGCAAGUGGUUACAGAGUUUGUUAAAAAUUUUGUCCUCCAAAUCAAACCUGGAGAGACCAAUUCGCUUUCUAUGUGCUUCAAUCCAUCAAUCGUCGAGAUUCAUAUCUCCAAAUAUGAGAGGGUCGAAGUUUUCUGA